UGGACUAGAAGCAAUGUGACCGCAGAGAAUCCAGAUCUCUAAUGUUAGUGGUUCUCCAUCUCUCUUAUUAUUACCCUUUCAUAUUCUUAGCCUCAUGUGAACAUUAAUCUUUGUAGUAGUAGCAUGUUAGCAUCUAAACAUUUAGUGUCAAAAAAUUUAUAGUAGAUGGAGGAUAAUAUAAUCAAGAGAUGAAUGAAAAAAUAGAAACCAAAGAUCACAACCCUCAAAUUCUCAACCCUAAAGAAGAAUCACCAAGAAAACACAUUAUUAUAGGUAGUGGAGGGGAGAGACUUAAAAGAGAUGAAUGGAGUGAAGGAGCUGUUUCAACACUUCUUGAAGCCUAUGAAUCAAAAUGGAUACUUAGAAACAGAGCAAAACUCAAAGGACAAGAUUGGGAAGAUGUUGCAAAAUAUGUUUCAUCAAGAUCAAACUCAACAAAAUCACCAAAAACACAAACACAAUGUAAAAACAAGAUUGAGUCUAUGAAGAAAAGGUAUAGAUCAGAAUCAGCUACUUCAGAAUCUUCAGCUUGGCCUUUAUAUUCUAGACUUGAUCUUCUACUACGUGGGACAGGACAAUUAUGUUCUACAAUUCCAACACAACAUGUUACAACAACACCUUCUCAAUUGCAACAUGUAAGUAAUAAUAAUAAUAAUAAUAAUAAUAAUCAAGGUUUGGUUUUGUUGGAACCUUCACUUGUUGUGUCACAAGGAAUAGAAGAAGGUCAUCAACCACUAGCUCCUAAUCUUGUUUCUAAUCCACUACCUACAAUUGCUCAAAACUCAAAUGGAUCAAAUGGGGUUGAUAAAUUAAUCAAGGAAGAUGAGUUAGAAACUAAAUCAUCUGACCAUGUAGCUAACAAGAAUCCACAGGACACAGAUAGUAGCACGCCUGCUCUUUACAGCGAAAAAGACGAGCGAAAAUGCAACAAAAGGAGAAAGAAAACAGAGAACAACAACAACAGACAAAAGAAAGAAGCAAUGGGAAUAGCAGAGAGCAUAAGGUGGCUAGCAGAGGUUGUUGUAAGGUCAGAACAAACAAGAAUGGACACAUUGAAAGAGAUAGAAAAGAUGAGAGUCGAAGCCGAAGCGAAGCGAGGCGAAAUGGAAAUUAAAAGAACUGAAAUAAUUGCAAAUACACAACUAGAGAUUGCUAGGAUCUUUGCAAAUGUUAAUAACAAAGGUGUUGAUUCAUCAUUGAGAAUUGGAAGAAGUUAAUGGUAUGUAUAGAGUUUUCAAAAAUGAUUCAUAGACAUCAAUUUUCUUUACAUAUCUGACAUCUGGUUAUCACGUGGAAAAUUUUGAUUAAUUCAGUUGAGUAAAUGUUUAGUUUAAAUUAUAUUUAAAGUUGUAGUUAAUCAUUAACUACAAUUUUGACAAUAAAUUAAAUUAAAUAUUUACUUUACUGAAAUAAUUAUGUUUUUUUUUUUAUACUCACCAAAUGUCUCAUAUGUCAGGGAAAAAAAAUAAAUAUUUAAAUAUCAUUAUUGAAGAGUUUUAUGUUUAUCACAACUCUGUAAUUUAUCUAACUAGGGAAGAGAACAUUGUAAGACAAUAAUUAUCUAUACUAAUUCACUUCAAUUGUAGAUUGUUAAUUGUAA